AUGUCUUCUUCUCGAUUACCACCACAGCUAGGAUGGAUUGGUCUUGGAUCAAUGGGAAUUGGCAUGGCCAAGAACUUGCAGAAGCAUCUCAAAUCCACAGGUGCUCCUGCAUUAUGUUUCACUAAUCGUACAAUGUCUCGCGGCGCAUCUCUAGAAGAACUUGGAGGCGAACCAUACCAGUCCGUUGUCGAAGUAAUUCAGAACUCGGAUAUCGUCUUUACAUCGCUUAGCGACGACUCUGCCUUGGAGACGAUUGUGACGCAAGUGCUUGCUGCUGGGAAUCUAAAGAACAAGAUCGUGGUUGACACAUCUACCGUUCAUCCUGACAGCACAGUCGAAGCAUCUUCUCGUCUGAGCGAAGCUGGAGCACUCUUUGCAGCAGCUCCUGUCUUUGGUGCAUCCCCUGUUGCAGAGGUUGGGCAACUGUUGUUUAUUGUUGCUGGGCCUGCAGCAGCUACGAGCGCUAUCGAGCCAUAUCUCAAAGGCGUGAUGGGACGAGGGGUGAUCAGCCUUGGAGAAGACGUUUCGAAAGCAAGCUUGAUGAAAACCUCAGGAAACUUUAUCACGGCCGCAAUGAUGGAAAUAAUCGCAGAAGCCCACGUAUUCGCAGAAAAGACAGGAGGCUCACUACAGGGCGCAUAUGCGCGAGUACAACCAUGGUCAGACUUGAACCUUGCCAUCAAAGAUGUCGGACACGGCAUCAAUUGUGCUCAGAGCGCAGGAGCAAGACUGAAAGUAGGGGAGAUAGCGUUAGGACAUCUUGAAGAAGCAAAGAAGUAUUCUGAAGGUCAAGAACAACGGCCAUUGUACUCGUCUUCAUUGUAUGGCAUCAUCCGGCAAGAUGCAGGACUAGAUUUUGAAUCGGAAUUCGUGGAAGCAAGAGACGACAAGGCAACUAAAUAG